AUGGAUAGUCCACGAAACAUCACGGAAUUUUUCAUGCUGGGACUCUCGCAAAACUCUGAAGUGCAGAGAGUUUUGUUUGUGUUCUUUCUGAUUGUCUACCUUGUCUCUGUUGGGGGCAACCUACUUAUCAUGAUCACCAUUAUCUUCAGUCCCACCUUGGGCUCCCCUAUGUACUUUUUCCUCUCAUGUUUGUCCUUUAUUGAUACUUGCUAUUCCUCAUGUAUGACCCCCAAACUCAUUGCAGACUCCUUGUAUGAGGGGAGAACCAUCUCUUUUGAGGGCUGUCUGAUUCAAUUCUUUGUUGCCCAUUUAUUGGGAGGAACUGAAAUCAUUCUGCUCACGGUCAUGGCCUAUGACCGCUACGUGGCCAUCUGCGAGCCUCUGCACUACACGACCACCAUGACCAAGCAUCUCUGUGCCCUGCUGGUGGGGGUGGCUUGGCUGGGGGGCUUCCUGCAUUCACUGGUUCAGCUCCUCCUGGUCCUUCAGCUGCCCUUCUGUGGGCCUAACGUGAUCAAUCACUUUGUCUGCGACCUGUACCCCUUGCUGGAGCUCGCCUGCACCGACACAUAUGUCAUUGGCGUCCUGGUGGUGGCCAACAGUGGUGUGAUCUGCCUGUUGAACUUCCUCAUGCUGGCUGCCUCCUACAUUGUCAUCCUGCGUUCCUUGAGGUGCCACGGUGCCGAGGGGAGGCGCAAAGCCCUCUCCACCUGUGGGGCCCACUUCACUGUUGUCACCCUGUUCUUUGUGCCUUGUAUAUUUAUUUACAUGCGGCCAUCGUCUACUUUGUCCAUGGACAAAAUAGUGGCUGUGUUUUAUUGUAUUUUGACACCCAUGUUCAACCCCCUGAUUUAUACACUGAGGAACGCAGAGGUGAAAAAUGCCAUGAAAAACCUAUGGAAAAAAUGAGCAAUUGUGGAUAGAAG